UAAACCCUCAGACCAGAAUCUCAAACACAUACGAGACAAAGCGCAGACGUGUUUACCCUGAAUCUGACAACAAACGGAGGCACUCUGCCGUUUUAGGAGGCGACUUUUCAUUUUAACAACACAACAGGCCUGUGUUUUAAAGAUACAGGCGCUCUUCAUCAUGUCCGCUGAUCUGGAUCUUUCUCCUCCGGAGGUUCCUGAACCCACUUUCUUCGAGAGUCUCCUGCGUUAUGGAUUGUUUCUAGGGGCCAUUUUUCAACUCAUUUGUAUUCUAGCUGUAAUUAUACCCACAUCCAAGAGCCACGAACAGCUGGUGGAGACGUCAGAUCCGGCUGACACUCGCAGCUCUGAUCAGAACCGAAAAGCAAAGCCACCCGUUCAACAGAUCCGCCAGAAGAUGAAAAAGGAGAGCAAGAAGAAGAGAUAGUUUCAGGAGUGUGUGAAUGUGUGAAGAUUCACUGCAGCAUCUGAUAGACUCACGCUUGUAUAAAGGGCUGGAUUCCACACAGCUCUGCACAGUUUAGCUCCAACCUGAUUUAACUAAUGGAGUGCUUCAGGUAAGGGUUGCAAUUAAACUGUGCAGAGCUGCGGCCCUCCAGGAACUGAGUUUGACACCCCUGCUUUAUAACAUCUGGAUUGACCGAGUUACUCUUCAACUUUUAUACCAGGGGUGUCCUUACUCGGUCCUGGUGGGCUGAUCUCCUGCAUAGUUUAGCUCCAACUUAAUCAAGAGCUUGAUUAGCUGGUUCAGGUGUGUUGGAACUAAAAUAUGCAGGACACCGGCCCUCCAGGACCGAGUUUGGACACCCCUGUAUUAUAACAUCUGAAUACUGUUUAGAUCAAUGGCCUCAAAUUUAGUUCCUGGAGGGCCGCAGCUCUGCACAGUUUAGCUUUAACCCUAAUUAAACACACCUGAUCAAACUAAUUGAGUCCUUCAGGAUUGUUUGAAACCUCCAGGUAAGGGUGUUGGAGCAGGGCUGAAACUAACCUGUGCAGAGCUGCGGCCCUCCAGGAACUGAGUUUGGACACCCCUGUAUUAUAACAUCUGAAUACUGUUUAGAUCAAUGGCCUUAAAUUUAGUUCCUGGGGGGGUCGCAGCUCUGCACAGUUUAGUUCCAACCCUAAUUAAACACACCUGAUCAAACUAAUUGAGUCCUUCAGGAUUGUUUGAAACCUACAGGUAAGUGUGUUGAAGCAGGGCUGGAACUAACCUGUGCAGAGCUGCGGCCCUCCAGGAACUGAGGUUGACACCCCUGCUUUAUAACGUCUGGAUUGACCGAGUUACUCUUCAGCUUUUAUAACAUCUGAAUACUGUUUAGAUCGGUGGUCUUAAACUCAAUGUCUGGAGGGUCACAGCUCUGCAGUUUGGCUUUAAUCACCUUCAACUCAGGAGUACGCAAGACUGCUGAAGAACGCAUAUUGAGAAACUAAGUUUGGACACCCCUGGUCUACUAGUCUUGAACACCUUGAUUAUUUGGAUCAGCUGUGUUUGAUUAUGGUUGGAGCAAAACUGUGCAGAGCUGCGGCCCUCCAGGAAUCCAGUUUGAGGCCUGUGUUUAGAGGUGUCCAUGCACUUCAAACUGAUCUGUUUGUUUUGUCAAGUUAUGUGCUGUAUUGCUUUUUAUGUCAUCUUUGAGGUUAUUUUAUGUUCACUUAUUUUUUAAUAAAGCAUUCUUCUGUGUUUUUCUGGUUGUGUUUAA